GCGCGGCGCGACUGCGUGCGGCGCGCGCGUGCCGAACUCGAGGGCGAGCACACGCGCCAUUUGCUGCUGCUCGGUGAGCCGAAGUACCUCGAACGGCAGGAGGCGUCGCUGCGGCAGCAGCUCGACUCGGCGCGCAAGAUGGGCGCGCUUGCGGGCAGCCUCGCCACGCGGCAGGCGGAGCUGCGCCUUGAGCUCUCCGAGGCGCGCCCGCGGUAUGCGGCGGCGGUCGCGAAGGUCAAGAAGUUGCAGGCCGACUUCGAGGCGACGCUCUCGGAGCUGCACUUCGGAGGCAAGCGCGUCAAUUUGAUGGGCGCAAUCAAUGCGCUCUAG